CCCCGCGUCUCUCUCUCCACCCCUCGAUUCUCGAUUUCAGCUCCCAGCCAAAACAGGGGAGGAGCAAUUUACUGCCGAGCCGCCGUGGGAGUGCGGUUUGCCGGCACCAGGCGCCAGCUGAUUCCUCCUCCGGCAGUCCGGCCUCGCCCUCGCCGGCGGCGUGGCCCGUGGGGGAGAGCAGCCACCAGCCCAGCUCGCGCCGUCCCGAUCUCCGGGCUUCCCUUCGCGCGUGAUGGGAGCUGCUGGGUCGUGACCUGCCUGCCCUGUUUCAGCUGAGAGAUGAAACUGGACGAGAAUCGAAGUUCUGCGACACCUGACACUUCUAAUUUAACCGUGAAUUGCAAUCACCAUGGGGUCUGGGUCAGUGACUCUGAAGCAAAAGAAACGAGUGAAAAAUGCAAAGAACAAGUACUUGAAACCUGGUGCCCUGGCUCAGAUUCGUUAUAGUAGGAGUACCAGCAGGGACAUAGGGAAAAAAAGGAUUCUGUUGAAUGCAAAAGAUGAGCUGGAGAUAUCACCACAGGCUGGGAUUAUCAUAGAAAGUACUACACCAAUUUUGUCCCCCGCAAGACUCAAUUUUGAGCCAUUUGGUAGCAAUAAGGGGCAGAUAUUGCCAAGGACUCCGAGGACUCCUGUUGCAGCUGAGUUUGAUGGUGAUUCAAGACUUGAAUCGCUUCCACUUGAUUUGCUGAUCAAGAUCAUGUGUUGCUUGCACCAUGACCAAUUGAAGGCUGUUUUCCAUGUUUCCAAAAGGAUUCGAAAAGCAGUUGAACUGGCCAGGCAGUACCAUUUCAACUAUACUACACCAGAUCGAAGCAGACAGGAGUUACUCCUGAACAAGACUCCUCUUCCAACAGAGCAUUGGCCUUUCUUGAGAAUCGAUGGCAAAGAUGUGCGUGUUUCCACCCCAAGGACACCACGGGCCCCAAAACAUGCUGCUCGCCUAUCACGCCUCAAGCUGGUUGAUGUGAAGCCGAUCACAGCUGUUCUUUUCCAGGAGUCUUCUACUUUUCCUUCAAAGCGUCUCCGACGUUCAGUGCCACCAGGACUGCCAAGGCCUGUAUCCAAAACUGCACCCUCACCUAGAGUUUUACGAUACGAGGAGGAGCUUUGCGAAGCAGUGGCACAGAAUAAGCUUCUUUGAAGAUCCAACAAGUGUAUUGCUUUCAAUCAAUAGUGUAUAGUUUAUCCGUGUCAAGCCCCUUGGUGCGAAUUUUGUGUGCCAGCUCCUAUCUGGCAUCUUAGAUUUUUGUGGUCAGGUUUAGGUUUUAGAGUAGUGUUAGACUGCCAUAUACCGUUUUAUGUCAUUAGUACCCAGUUUGCUUUAUUCGAUGGUUUUGUAUAUAGCACAUAAUAAAAUGGACCUUUUUUAUGUAUUUAUUUAUACCUAUUAUCCUUUUUGCCUGCAAAA